UCGAAAAGCGGCUUGUUCCGGCUUGCCCCUUUACAUCUUUUUAUCCUUGCUCACAACAUUAAAAUAGUGCCCCGCGCUCCUCCGACUAUUUGCGCACAAGCGUUUCUGUUGAGGAGUCGGUGGGCCACCAGAACCGCGUCUCGGGCGGAGCACGAUGCGUAGCGGCGUGCAGCAGCUCUCUGCCGGCGCCGCAGCCCGGUGCUGGCGCUGAGAGCGAGGCGCAGCUCAGGCACCAUCAUCCGCGGAGCGAUACCACCAUCUCCUCUCAGACCGGGUUUGUCAGAGUCGGAGUGUGUGGCUCACUGUACCUGAGCGAACGUGUCCGUCAUACAGUGUCGGAAAGGGGGCAGAGGAUCAAAGCUGGACCAGGGGACCCGUCUGUAAAAAUGCUCUGAAAUGCAGUUUCACAUCGCUCUCGCACCACGAAUGACCCCCCUGUCCUGGCUGCUGCGGUUGUUUUGCAACUGAUGAAGAUUUUUUUUUUCAUUAUUAUUUUGAUGCGCUUCUGUGGAUGAAUAUGUUUAUUCCGGGGCUCUGGUGUAGCGCGUGAGUCACUGUCAGCACUGGCGAGCAGGAGCUGUUGUUGGGGCUCGUUGACAUGCAUUCCCCUUGAGCUCGGCGACGCCUCCCUCAGUGGUGUGGUGGCAGGAUGCCAGUGCAGGCGGCCCAGUGGACAGAGUUCCUGUCCUGUCCCAUCUGCUACAAUGAGUUUGACAGCAGCGGCCACCAGCCCAUCAGCCUGGGCUGCUCCCACACGGUGUGUAAGACCUGCCUACACAAACUGCACCGCAAGGCUUGCCCCUUUGAUCAGACACCCAUCAGCACUGACAUCGACCUGCUGCCGGUCAACUGUGCCCUGCUGCAGCUGGUUGGAGCUCAGGUCCCAGAUGUGCAGCCGGUGAGCCUGAGCAGUGCAGCAGAGGUUGAGAACUACGAGGUCUGCAGAGUGUGCGUGGAGGAGCUGGCUCUCUACCUAAAACCCAUCAGCGGAGCAAAAGGUGUGGCGACUCUGAGUCCAAGCUUGCUCAGCCGGCCAAUGCAGAGGAAGCUGGUGACCUUGGUGAACUGCCAGCUGGUGGAGGAGGAGGGCCGUGUGCGGGCAGUGCGGGCAGGCCGCUCGCUGGGGGAACGGACCGUAACCGAGCUCAUCCUGCAGCACCAGAAUCCCCAGCAGCUCUCUGCCAACCUCUGGGCAGCGGUGAGGGCGCGGGGCUGCCAGUUCCUGGGACCUGCUAUGCAAGAAGAUGCACUGAAGCUGGUUUUACUGGCUCUGGAGGAUGGCUCAGCGUUGUCCAGGAAGGUGUUGGUUUUGUUUGUUGUCCAGAAGCUCGAAGCCAGGUUUCCCCAGGCCUCCAAAACCAGCAUAGGCCACGUGGUGCAGCUUCUCUACAGGGCCUCUUGCUUCAAGGUGACCAAGCGUGACGAGGACUCCUCAUUGAUGCAGCUGAAAGAGGAGUUUCGGACAUACGAGGCUCUGAGGAGAGAACACGAUGCUCAGAUUGUCCACAUCGCCAUGGAAGCAGGCCUGCGAAUUUCACCUGAGCAGUGGUCUUCUCUUCUGUAUGGGGACCUGGUCCACAAGUCACAUAUGCAGUCUAUUAUUGACAAGUUGCAAUCUCCAGAGUCAUUUGCAAAGAGCGUUCAGGAGCUGACAAUCGUUUUGCAGAGGACAGGAGACCCUGCCAACCUCACAAGCCUCAGACCACACCUAGAGCUACUAGCCAACAUAGACCACAACCCAGAUGCCCCAGCACCGUCAUGGGAGGAGCUGGAAAGUGUAAUGCUGGCUGUGAAGUUGGUGGUUCACGGACUCGUGGAAUUCAUACAGAACUUCAGCAAGAAGAGCCACGACACUCCACAGCCUCAGGCAAACAGCAAGUACAAGACCAGCAUGUGCAGAGACCUUCGUCAGCAGGGAGGCUGUCCCAGAGGAACUAACUGUACAUUUGCACACACGCAGGAUGAGCUGGAGAAAUUCAGACUGAGGAACAAGAAGAACAACAAUGUGGGCCGUGCGUUCCCUUUAGCGCCGGGAGUUAUGGGUAAAACCUUCACCAUGGAAGGCAGCAUUCACACAGAUGUGUCUACAGGGGUGGGGCAGGGGCUCAAAGGCGCAGGGGAGAACACAUCCACCCUGACAGAGGGAGUGCCAGGCCUGACUCACCCCCAACUGAUCUCCAGAGGGGCCGACAUGAUGGAGGAGAUGAAGAGAGCGCUGCCAAAUGGAUCCAAUGGGGCUAACGGGUCCAACGGGCUAUCUGGCACCAAGAGAAGCACGUCGGGGUCAACUGAACAGAAGCCCAUCUCUCCCCCCAGGACUCCAGUCAGCCACUCCUCAGCGUCAUCUCCCUUGACAACAGCUGGACGGAGUGAUGGUGGGGCUCCUAUGCCCAAACAUGGUCAGUUCGUACUGCGUGCACCACAUCCUUCUCAGGCAUCAGAGCUGUACUAUCAGGAACCCCACUCUGCAUAUGACACGGCCCAUUAUCAACCAACCUCAGGUUCCUACUACCCAUCUACUCUUCAUCCUCCUCACAAACCCUGCAUGGCUCGGUUCCUUCGAUCCUCAAACGUCCCAGAAUCCUCUAUGCCACCCUCGAUUGGUCCUCCACCAUCUUCCUACCCCAGUGACCCUCAAACACCGCACCCACCUUCCUCCUCUUCAUCGGGGUACCCGGCACACCCGCCUAGAGAUAGGAUGGGACCUCCUGCCUUCCACCCCCACCCGGGGCAGCCUCAAUAUGGGCCUCUGGCCCCUGCUCAUGGUGUUUAUGCUCCCCUCUAUGACAGCAGGAGAGUAUGGAGGCCUCAGCUAUACCACAGAGAGGAUGCCAGGAGUAACUCGCUGCCUCCAGAGGUGCUUCAUUCCUCUGUCUACCAGCCUCCACUCAGGGAGAGAUUUAACUCUCUAGACAGCAACUACUGCUCUGGAGCUGAACACCGUGCAGGGCUACACAGGGAUUAUGGCCGUGUUCCUCUGGGCUAUGAGGAUCUGUUCAGAAGGAAGCAGGAACAGUGGGCUCAUCACCACCACCAUCACAACGCCAACAGGCCCUCCCAGUCCUCCCCCAUCUUCACCAUCGAUUUUGGAACUGAGCAUGUGGAGAGUGGUGGAGGCCAGUGUGUGGGGUGCAGGUUCAGAGGCGAGGAAAGUUUAGCGCACUACUCUCCGUGGUCCUGCGGUACCAUAGGCCCUUGCCUCAGCCCCUUUGAGCCCGAAACACUCACACACACCUCGACUCACUCCUGCUCAGAGCACUCGGAGCUGGACAGAAACGGAGGUGGAGGUGGUGGCGUUAGCAGUGGCGGUGUCGGGAAGCAGUGGCUGCACUCACUGGAUCACUACCGCCGUUUGAAAGACGAGGACCCCAUUAUUCCCUUUAGCGAGGGGCCCAUUAUCUCCAAGUGGGGCGCCAUAUCCAGGGCAUCUCGCACGGGCUACCACACCACCGACCCUGUCCAAGCCACGGCCUGCCAGGGCAGUGCCAGCACCACACCCAUCAAUUUUAAAGAUUACAACCCUCACCUGGAGCAUGGCGACUACAGGUGGAGCUCAAGAGGAUCAGACUCUUCCAGCCACUCCAGUUUCCUAGAGAGUGAGCAGCUGUGUGCAUCAGAGCUUCACUGCCGACGAACUUCACUAAGCAGUGGAGAGAAAAUCACAUCUGAUCUGCAGGCCCAUCAGACCUCUUACAGCCGGGGCCGGAGCUGGGCCGAGAGCGAGCCGGACCCGGAUCGAGACAUUGAGCUCGAACUGUGCGCUCUUGACAUGGAGGAUUCAGACCACCAGGAGAUCAAGUCUCAGGAGUCUUUAGACCUGGCCACCCCGCAGUCUCAGGAUGCUUCCCACCUCCUCCCACCUCCCUGCUCUUCUCCCCAUCUCUCUUCUCCUGUGGAGGACCACCCCCAAACAGAGGGUCCUUCAACAGAGAAGUUGGAUGCUCACCUGCUGAAAAAGAUGGCCUUCAGGAAGUCUCUGUCACCUGGAGGGUUGGUCUCAGGAGGUCUGGGCGUUGGCAAGCUGGUGCUGCGGACUGGACCUCCUCGGCUGGGGGGCAGCUCCGCCCGAGCUUGUCCUGACACGCCCGUGACAGAGAUGCUGCUCAAUGGAAGCUAAGGGGACACAAAGUCGGACACUGAUCUGCACCUAGCUAGAGCUGAGUCGCUUGCCCGCGGCUAGAUCCUGGUUAAGGGGAAUACAUUUAAUUCCAGCCUUCAUAUAUGUCAAUCAUAUGCCUAAAUAAAGCUUGACAGAUAUGGGUCAACAGUCUGUGCUGCGCCACAUCGCAAGGGGCAAGAGAAAACACAUAGUCCUGCCUUGUAAGUGGUGAUUUUCACCCAUGUAGAAUUUAGUGUUAUCACUGUUUAUGCCUCGUUAGGCACAUGGCCAGUUUGCCCAUUCUGCAGAUGCUUGAACCGUGUUUGCAGUUUCAACCCCAGUCACAGUUAUCAGAAAGACCUUAACUGACCUAACAGCAUCUUCACCACACACUUUCACAUGACAAUUGUACUCCUGAGGUUUACACAUCAUCUAGUUUGUUGUCAUUCAGCAUGGCUGACAAAGACAGACAGGUUUGAUCGGCCUGUCUUCAUGUCGUUUGGCCUAUCGAGUAGAUGACCAUACAGGACAGUGCUUUAGGAAUUUUUUGAUUCUAUCCUAAUCAUUUCCUUUGCUUAUUCUUAAUUUUUAGAUGUAGCUUUGAUUGACAGCGGGAACUGAGAUACUGAGAUACUGUAUGCUCUCUAGCUUGUGCUUGUUUCCUUAAAGGCAGGCUGGUGUAGAGUGGCGUAGCGAUCCAAAAGGUACAUUAAACAAAACAGCUAAAUUAUUUAAUACUUUUGGCCACCUUAUAAAUACAUGACAGUUUUCUUGUCUUUCUCAUCUCUUUACAUGUUAACGCAUUUGUUCCUAUCAGCAUCUUGACGUGGCAGUGCCCUCAUUCAGCUCAAUGCCACUGAUUUACAUCCUUUGUUGUAUCGCUGCAUAACACAUUUUCACAAGUAUCCCCUGAAAAAGCACGAGGUGGACGUUCUAAUACUGAGAAGGAAAACACUUAGGGCACUCCGACCCUCUGAGAAAAUACAACACUGCAGAAAACAGAGCUCUUCACUAUGCUGGAACUCAAACAAGCCUCUGUCUUUUAUUAGUCAUAUGACCUGAAAUGUUGACCCUUGAAUUCUCUCGACUGUCAUGAGAUCACAAAACACAAUGAGCCAGUCAUAAACAUUAAAAUUUGUAAAUGAUCGCUGGAGGUCAAACCAUCAGUGGAGGUCGAGAGGGAUGACAACAAAGCAAAGAUGAGUGUACACUUCUUUUUAAUCCAUACUAUCCUGCAUUACCUUUAAGCGCUUAUUUUAGGAGACUCAUACCGCGAAACUAAAGAACACAGAGCAAUUCUUUUUGGAACAGAAUUUUUUUUACGCUCCGCUGCACAUGGAGCUAAUUUAGCAGAUUUCUAUACAAGCCACAUGAGCUCACAAUCAAUCUUAAAAACUGUUAUUUCAUCUUUGUGUGCCUGAAGUCGUUUUGGCAUUUAAUCCUGCUGACAAGUCGCACUGCUCUCUCUCUCUAUCUCACACACACACACACACACACACACACACACACACACACACACACAGUAUGCACAAGCUGUCAUUCACACACAGUAGACACAAACAUGCAAUACAGUGGCCUUUCUUUCCUUGGUGUUAUGUAGACCUAAUGUUGGGCUCUACCAUGACUUUUGUCCAUGCCCCCUGACAGACUCCUGUUCUGUUUCAGAGGUGUUAAUCCCUGAUCUCAGAAACCGAACACUGGAAAUGACAUUUUUGUAAGCCCCUGGCAUUUUCUGUGCUUUCCAGUCCAGUCACCUUAACGUACAGUCUAAACAGCAUCCAGAGGUCACGCGCAAUGUUUCAAGCUGAAGCCUACAACAGUGAGGGACACCACUUCUUGUGUUUCUUCAUGCUAUUUCUUUGUUUGACUUUUUAAAAAGUUUUGGUUUGUUUUAUUUUAUGCAUUGCUAACUUCUGUGAAGUUGUUCGUCUGGGUAUUUUGUAUCAGGAUCUUCGUUACUCUUGUUCUGUUUGCUAUGUUUUACAUCAUGGAGACAAAACCGCUCGUCUUGUCUAAUGUUCCUCUUUGCUUGCUGGCCAUCAGCACGCUAUCUAGUUCACUGUAAUUUUGGGCAAAAUGGGUGAUUUCCAUACAGCCCAGCCUCACCUCACUCACUUUUAUAGACAUGAGGCAACUAGUCAUGUGUGGCUUAGUCGUAAUGACGGUAAUAAAUAACAUGAAAACAUUAACCCAAUUUAGAUGUACAUGAUUUAAAGUCAUGAAGACUCUGAGUUUGUUUACACCUAUUCUGAAUCUUAUGAGAUUUGUGUAGAAUGAGAAUAUUUGAAUCUUUCAAGCUUCCUCUUAAAUUUCCUCUCACCUUAGUAACUGUACCUGUUCUGCAGUAAUGUCUUUCCUCUCAGAUAAUACAUUAAAUCCCAUUUUAGAGGAUAGCAGAAUGGCUGUACGUGUGAGGAUUGCUAUUUUAGUUUCAAGUUUAAACUUUCUAAACAUGGAUGAACAGUGAAAUAGUGGACUGGUAACCUUUAUGGGGUUGUUCUCCCUUUCUACCCUGGUGAAGCGGGUAGACCAAGCGAGGAAAUGCCCUGAACAAUGACUCAAUGUGAUAAUGCUCUUCUCAAAACUCUCCAGUGUUGUGCAGGGUUAAUUUCUGAGAUGAAAAGGCAAGAGCUGGCGUGGGGAUUUAGCUGCUCCAAGUCAUGAAAUUAGCUCAGCUACCUACUGUCGCUCUGCAUCUGUUUACAACUUCGCCUUUGAAGUCAUGUAACAUUAAGUGCCAUGUUGUGUACAGUACAGCACAAUCAACCCCUGCAAUUUUCCUAUAGCUUUUUCAUAUUCCUCCACUGUAAACUAUGAGGAGGGAGGGCUCAGUCCAGUAUGAGGAGUGAGACACUUCUCUUGCAGUCCUGCUUUGUUCCAUUAGAGGAGGCUAGAUCCUUGUCUGUCUUGAAUCGCUCAGGGAAAGACUUAAGUUGCUUAGCUACUUUGGCUUUUUCUAUAUUCAUCUCUUAGGUAUUCUGUGUAAGUAUUUACCUGAAUUUCACUUGCUGAUAACUGGCCCUUUCACCCAAAGCAUAAAUGGGUUAUGCUGAUUAUAUUGUUGUCAGUGUUUACUUUGCCAGUGUUUUCUUUUGCCUCUAAGUAUCAAUAUUGGCUUUGCUAUUCCUGUUCUCAUGGGAAAGGGCUGGGCACUACUGUGUGUAAAAACAGUAUUGUGAGUAUUGAACUAAUGUCAAAGUGAUACUCCCCUGUCUAUAGAGCACUGGUGUAGUGGCUAAUUGCACUGCACUAAUUCCCACCUCAUCACUGCCAGUGGGUGCACUCUGUCAGUGAGAGACACCCCACCCCACCCCCAGCUUUCCUUCAGCCAACCACCCCACCCUCCCUGCAUCCUGCGUCAUGCAUGCGAUAUGGUCCCUCUUGUGAUGGCGGAAGGAGUAUUGAUGAUUCUGUAGUUGUGAUACAACACACCCAGCGCUAUAAGAGUUCUGCACAUGCCCACUGUGUGGCCACGUCAAGUGCUGAAGUUUGCUUGCAGCAUUUUACUUGUUUGCUCAUGAAAAUGAAUUCUUGUUUAAUAGAGAUUAUAUUAUUAUUAUGACUAUUAUUGUUAUUACCACAUUUGGUUGUUGUUGCGGUAUUUUCCUUCUUGGUAUAUUCUAAGUCUGCUUCCUUGUUUUGAAUUUGACAAUUUGCUGAAAUUUUUUAUUAGACAAGAAAGUGUCUCAUUAUUCUAUAUUAUAUGGGAAAAAGCCUGUUUGUUGAUUGUGAAACAUAUGAUGAACUGAUGUUUUCUGACUAUUCAUGUCUGUAUUAGACAUUUUAUUUGCAAAUCUAUUGUUCGAUUGAAAUGUAAAUGAACUAUUAAGAGAUGGUACACAUCCGUCAUUGUAUACAGUCUGGCACCAUCAUUAGAUGGACUUUAAUAGAAUAGACGCUCAUUUAUACAACCUGUGAUAAUUAGAUAUAUUUAAAUGUUUAAAUCAUUGGGGCAGUUGUGUAAUGUUUCAGAAUGAGGAAAAUAAAAUCCUUGAGAGACAGCAUAUCUAAAACGUCCCCAUAAUGAAUAAUACUGUUACGUAUUCCAUUUAUUUCCUUGGAAAUAUCACAAUGUGAAAGGUUUCCCUUUUACUUACUGUAAGGUAAAGCAGGACUGGAGUGAGUCUAACCUAUGCUUGAUGAAACUGUUUGUAUUGUUGGACUGACUGAUUGAUUCUCCUGUGCAUUUUCUGACUUGUUCAUCUGUAUUACACUGACUUACAGACAGCUUGGCCGAGCAGCAUACUGCUUCUGUGUUGCACUGAGAGAUGGAGCUAUGAAAAGGAAGAUUUCAGCACAUGAAAUUGCAUGCUACAAUAAACAA